GAGGAAAGCACCAAGCGUUCACGUACGCCACGAUGGUCGCGCUGGCAGGCGGCGCGGGCUACGCGCUCAAGCGGCACGUGCCGUCACUCGUGGGCGGCAUGCUGAUGAGCGUGGGGUUCCUGGGCGCCGGCCUGUUGGUGCUCACGGAUACCAUCACGGACCACCACUUCGAGCACGGCACGUCGCUGGCCAUGUCGGGCGUCAUCGCGAGUGUCAUGGGGCGACGCGCCGUUCUCACAGGGCUGCGUGCUCCGGCGCUGAUCGCCACGGCGGGGGCCAUGUCGGCCGGCUACCACGUUCACCAGCUCAGCAACCCUCCGCGCAAGAUGCGAUACAUCCCCGGGGCGCCGCCUGUGCCCAGCAGCUACGACUAAAGAAGCGACUGCAGCUUUUCUUCGUGUAGCAUGCCUGGAAGACAUCUCCUUGCAGCUAAAAACUGAACAAGCAAGAACAUGUACUGCGUCCUCAUUAUCUUGGG